CAUAAGUAAACAAAACUAUAUUUUCGCCAACACAUUUGUAGCAAACCUGACAACAAGUUGUAAUAAUGUUGUCACUCGCAACUUGUUCAAACUGCCGUCGCGUGCGAUGGAACAAGAAUUUGAACAACCAAAGCCAUAAUCCAUAAAUCAUAAUUUAUUUUCUAGUCGUCUAUAAAUGGCUCAGAGAAUGGAGGACGAUGAACAAGGUUAUGAUGAAAGACGUUUUGAAGGAACAAUCAGCGAAGAUCUCUUCUGUUCUAUUUGUCAAGGAGUGCUCAGAAACCCUCGAACUUGCCAUAAAGAACAUGCAUUUUGUCAUUUCUGUAUUUCUGAACAUCUUCGUCAUUCCCACACGUGUCCUGAAUGCAGAGAACAUCUCACUCCAGAAACCCUGAAAGAUCCUCCGAGAUUUAUGAAGAACACUCUGGCAGCGCUGAAAAUCAAGUGUGGAUACAGCGAAAGAGGUUGUCCAGGCUUUGUCUUGCUUGAGAGUUUACAAAAUCAUGUUGAUAAAUGUGGUUUUGCACCCGUGACUUGCAAUAAUGAAGGAUGUGGAAUGGAGGUGAAUAAAAGAGAUAAAGAUCUUCACGAGAAAGAUCUUUGUGAGUUUAGAAUCGCCAAGUGUCACGACUGUAAAGAGAUUAGAGCAAGUCAAGAAGAAACAAAGAAAAGCGUUGAAGUCAUGAAGCAGUCUCAGGCUGAAAUGAAAUUGGAAUCAAAGAAAAUGACGGAUUGUGUGAAUCACAUGAAAAUAACUCAAGAUGAAAUAAAAACAAGUCAAGAUGAAAUGAAAGCAGAAUCAAACCAAAUUAAGGAUUGUGUGGAUCAAAUGGAAGUAACUCAAGAUGAAAUAAAAACAAGUCAAGAUGAAACGAAGGAAAAAGUUGAUGAGAUGAGACGAUCUCAAGCGAGGUUUGAAUCUGAGGUGAAACAACAGUUGGAAAGACUGACGGAAUUGAUGAAUCGGUUAUUGCAAGGAAACAAUUUAAACAACAACAUCAAUGGUGCCAGCGCCAUGGAACCAGCAACUGUAGAAAACAAUCAAGAUAUUAUUAUUAUUAUUGGUGGUUGGUAUGGCUCAGGACGUGACGAGGUAUUAAAUACAGUGGAGAAAUACAACAUAGUAGAAGGAAAGUCAACUCCGCUGCCAGGAUUGAAUCAUCCUCGAACAACACCAGCAUCGUGUGUUUACAACAAUGACGUUCUUGUCGUUGGUGGUUUCGAUGGUACAGAAGGAACUGACACGAUCGAAGUUUUGAAUAUGAACCAACAUCCUUUGCGAUGGACAAUGUUUGAUGGUAAACUGCCUGUCAAAUUAUCUGCUCAUGACGUCAUAGUUUAUCAAGGAAAAUUAUAUAUAAUAGGAGGAAUUGACUGGAAUGGAAAAAAAACGUCGAAUGCCAUUUAUGAGAUUGCUCUUACCCCACCUUAUACUGCCAAGCUGCUGACGAGAAUGCCUGAGGCAAGAAGAUAUCACAGAGCAGAACUUGUUAACGGAAAACUGUUUAUCUUGGGUGGAACAACAACCGACUUUAGUAAAGAUGCUUUUGACAGCGUUGUUGUUUAUGAUUUGAUUAAGAAUGAGUUCAAGCCAUGUCCAUCGUUACCUCAGCCUGUUUGUUUUAUGUCCACAGUCACUUGGGGUCAUAUGAUCAUCGUCGUUGGUGGUGCGGAUAAGAAUAACCAGGCAUUAAAUGACGCCAUAAUGUACGACACAGAGACUGGGCGAAGCGAGAGACUGCCCUCCAUGAUUUACAAAAGGAGGGGCAGCUCUGUCGUGAUCAUGAAUGACGUCAUUGUCGUGUUUGGUGGAUGGAAUAAGGAGCAGGGACAUCUCAACUCAGUGGAAUCUUUCACCAUUGGUGUAGAUGGCUGGAAAGAACUGCCAGGAUUGAUAGAAAAAAGAAACCGCGGUUCUGCUGUAGUUAAACCUCACAACUGAAAAGAUUUCUCACAAACGGUAGUAAUUUCGAACGAUAAUAUCUACAACUAUAUAUUUUGUGUCUAAUAUUUCAGUCAACUCUUGCACGAGAUGUAUAAAGGCGAUGUUACACUAUGAAACUUUCCUUGCAACUUGCAAUGCAAUUCUACUCCUGAGGCAUCUAAAGUUGUCAAAUACGAACUU